CCAGCGAUUCAGUCGGUAGUAAUUCGAACGCCCGCCAAACGUUUAACUAGUCAAUAUAUAGUGGCCUAAAGUGGUCCGUUUUUUUUGGUAUUAUUGCGUGACACGCGUCGUUCAGUAAAUGCAGUGGAUUAGGGAGAAGUCCUCGAUAUCGAUUGGCUCUGAAUAGGUCCUUCACAUUGGCGAGUGACCACUUUCAAGACAAAAUCGAAGGCUCCCACUUCUGGUCAGUUUGAAAACGGUUGGCGAGUGUGAAUGAACGACUUCGUGGUUAACCACUUUCUGUGAAAGUUCAUAGUGUCUUAGGUCCUACUGUUCCGCGCCUACCAUAAGAAGUCUCUCGACCACCACCACCCUCAUUACAACGUGACCUUCCUCGGAACGACCUUGCUUGCUCAUUACACCUCAUCAUCGUGAUUUCGUGACUGAAUUCUCCAGAGGGAAUCAACAGAUAUUUCCAGCAAAUUAUACAUCUCACUGGAUCGCAUCGGAAUUCAUUGAAUUCCACCUGCCAGCAACAAGAUGGGAUCCGUGAAUUGUAAACAGUUCUCCACCGGCAGCAGAAAGAGCGGUUGUAGGACGCAUGUACAACAGAACAAUGUUGGAUCAUACUCCUCCAAAGAUGACUCAGAUACGGACUAUGUCGAAGCGGUCGUCUGCAAGGAAUUCGAAAUUCAGAACAAUGAAAUGAAGCAGCUAGAGCUCGCCGAUGCCGGAAAAAUACUGUUAGUCAAGCAACAUGAUAAACUCUCAGCCAUAGGCUAUAAGUGUGCCCACUACGGAGCACCUCUAAACACAGGAACCUUGGGAGACAACCGAAUUCGCUGUCCAUGGCAUGGUGCCUGUUUCAACGCCAGCACCGGCGAUGUGGAAGACUUCCCCGGUCUUGAUUCACUUCCAUGCUACAAUGUGUCUGUGAAAGAUGGAGAAGUCCUAGUGCGAGCCAAGCGACGGGACCUCGAGACAAACAAGAGAAUCAAGGAUAUGGUCAAACGGGAUCCAGACAACGAGACGACCUUCGUGAUAAUUGGUGGCGGUCCUUCAGGCGGAGUAUGCAUUGAGACUCUCCGCCAAGAAGAUUUCACCGGCAGAAUCGUGCUAAUAUGCAAAGAAUCCAACCCCCCUUAUGAUCGGAUUAAGCUAACCAAAGCGAUGGACUUGGAAAUUGAGAAGCUUCAGUUCAGGACACCCCAGUUCUACGAGGAGUAUGGAAUUGAAACGAUGCUCGGCGUGGCUGCUACAAAAGUUGACGCCUCCGAGAAGACUGUGAUGUGCUCAAAUGGAUACUCAAUAAAAUUCGAUAAGUUAUACGUGGCCAGCGGAGCUACACCAUUCCGACCAAAAAUUCCUGGAGUGGACUUGAAGAAUGUAUUCACACUGCGAGAUCAUGCCGACGGGACGAAAAUCUUGGAAGUUAUUGGGGACGAAUCGCAGGUCGUGUGCUUGGGGUUGAGCUUUAUUAGUUUAGAAUCGGCAGCGUAUUUAGUGAAGAAAGUUAAGAAGGUCACAGUCGUAGGUCGUGACAACGUUCCCUUGCUGGCAAGUUUCGGGCCUCAAAUCGGUCAACGUGUCCUGGAACUAUUCAAAGAAAAUGGCGUCGAAAUGGUCAUGAACAGUGGCAUCAAAAAUAUUAUCGGCACCGAUGGUGUCGUAAAAUCCGUCGAACUAGCCGACGGAACACAGAUUCCAUGCGACGCCCUAAUCUUAGGAACCGGUGCUACGUUCAACACAACUUUCCUAAAGGACUCUGGUGUUAAGCUCAAUGAUAAUGGCUCAGUUGAUGUAGACAUGCAUUUGAGAACUAACAUCCCAUGCAUCUAUGCAGGCGGAGACUUAGCCAAUGCUCCUGUUUUCUCUUUGUCCAACGUUCGGACGACAAUUGGUCACUACCAACUGGCUCAGUAUCACGGUCGCAUAGCCGCUAAAAAUAUGGCAGACAAAAUGCAAGAACUGAAGGCGGUUCCAUUCUUUUGGACAGUUUUGUUUGGAAAGUCGAUUCGAUAUUCAGGACAUGGGAGACCAAAUGAGAUUCACAUCGAGGGCGAUCUGAAAGAAUUGAAAUUUGUCGCUUUCUACUAUGACCAAGAUGGAAACGUAAUCGCAAUGGCUUCAUGCCAAAGAGACCCGGUGGUGGCACAGUUUGCAGAGCUCCAAUCACAAGGUCGACGUCUGCAUAGAAAGGAUAUUGAAGCGUCACCUUUUGGAUGGGCGGAACAGCUAAAAGUCUAAACAUAUGAGAAAGCGUACA